AUGAAUGCCCUAAAAUACUUCUCGAAUCAUUUAAUAACUACAAAGAAACCAAGAAAAAACCAUGUUGAGGUGACAAAUAAUCAGGAUAUACUUGAUACUUCGAACGAAGAUUCGAAUACAUAUGCUACUCACAUUGAGAAUAAUUGCACUAUUGAAGUGAAUCAGCACUUUGACCACUCCUCAGACCACCUAAAAGAUUUUAAUCAGAAUGAAGAGAGAAAAUUGUUCAUUUCUGCAAAGCCAAAGUCAUUACGUUCCAUCCUGAAAGAGAAAAUAGGGUCAAUUUUAUGGGCAUUGUUACUUUUUCUUCCGUAUUAUUUAGUAAUUAAACCCUUGAUGUCUUUAUGGUAUGUUUUUACCUUCCCAUUAAGCGUCAUCGAGCGCCGUGUGAAACAUACUGAUAAGAGGAACAAGGAAUCGAGUGAUAAUGAGAAUGGGUCGCCUACAAGUUCAAGUAGUGCUGGUGAUUCUAGUGAGAAGAUAAAUUCUAAAAAUUGCAAUCUUAAUACGAUUUCCGAGACAGUUGAAGAUGAUUUGAAUGCCAGUGAUGAGAUAAUUCUCCAAAGGGAUAAUGUCAAAGGCUCGUUAUUGAGAGCUCAAUCAGUUAAAUUAAGGUCAAGAAGUUACUCUAAAUCAGAAGUUUCACUUACUAAUCAUUCAAGUACUAAUACGGUAUUUGGUACAAAACGUAUGGGUAGGUUUUUAUUUCCAAAGAAGCUAAUACCCAAAUCAGUAUUAAAUACACAAAAGAAGAAGAAAUUGGUUAUAGAUCUUGAUGAGACCUUAAUUCACUCAGCUUCUCGAAGUACAACACAUAGUAAUUCUUCUCAGGGUCACCUAGUAGAGGUAAAAUUUGGAAUAAGCGGAAUUCGUACGCUGUAUUUUAUUCACAAGAGGCCCUAUUGUGAUUUGUUUUUAACAAAAGUUAGCAAAUGGUAUGAACUUAUAAUUUUUACAGCAUCCAUGAAAGAAUAUGCCGAUCCUGUAAUAGAUUGGUUAGAAAGUUCCUUCCCAUCCAGUUUUUCGAGAAGAUAUUACCGUUCUGACUGUGUCCUCAGGGAUGGUGUUGGAUACAUUAAGGACUUGAGCAUUAUAAAGAACUCUGAAGAAAAUGAGAAGGGCAGUUCUUCUUCAUUAGAUGAUGUAAUUAUUAUAGAUAAUAGCCCAGUAAGCUAUGCGAUGAAUGUGGAUAAUGCUAUUCAAGUGGAAGGUUGGAUAAGUGACCCCACAGAUACAGACUUAUUGAACCUAUUGCCUUUUUUGGAGGCUAUGAGAUACUCGACAGAUGUCAGGAAUAUAUUGGCAUUGAAACAUGGCGAAAAGGCAUUCAAUAUAAACUGA